AGGCUUAAACAGUGCAUUUCUACUGGUUUUAAAGAGAUCCAUCCUCUAUUCCAAACACACAUUCAAAGGAUAAAAAACUUUCUUUUCAGCUUUCAUCAAUGGCAGAUGGAUCUCGAACUGAAGCUGAACAACUGAACAAGAGCCCCAAGGAAAAGUCUGGAGAAAGAAAUGAACAAGAGCUUUCGCAAAAGGAAAAUAGUGAGACCUGGAAGAUUCAUAGGAAUGAAAUCAGCUCAUCUGAAGGCACAGACGUUGGGGUUUUCAACUUCGACAACGAAUAUCGUGCAGGCUGUAUUGAUGGUCUUGAAGCAAGGAGGGGUCGAAACUACAACAUUGAGGGCAAUAGAAUCCAUUCAGACAAAGGCCAGCGGGUUGGGAUCGGCAAUUUUGGCAACAACUACUCCAUGUCCAACUUAUCAUUUUUUCUUGGUGGGCUUAUUAUUCUAGCUUUUGCUAUAAAUUAUAUAUAUAGCGAAGCUAGCGGUACGAACAACAAGAAGGAAAUAUAAAUAAGAUAAAAAGGAAAGGGGCUGUUGAAUAAAUAGGCUUGAAUUUCCAAGAAGAAAAAAAAAACAAGAGAUGUAUGGUUUGGAAAUUUAUGGCCACCAGAGCUCCUACACUCGAACUUUUCUCUGAAUCUGAAUGUUAUUUCUCUUAUAUUUAUGUAUUUCUUUUCUUCUUC